AGGACGGGGUGGGUGGAGAUGGCUGCACUGACAAAAAGAAGGGAGCUGGAGUUUAUGGACAAGGUUAGACAUGAGAACAUCAGAGGGACAGCUCAGGUUGAGCAUUUUGAUAACAAAUUUAGCGAGUCAAGGCUGAGAUGGUUAGUGGAUAGUGAAUACACGGGACAAAGAUGUUGAAUAUGUUGCUGCCAGGCAGGAGGAAAAGCACAGAGGAGAUUCAUGGAUGGGGUGAAGGAGGAGAUGCAGAGAGUCAACGUGACAGAGAUGAAUGACAGGGAUAGUAAAAGAUGGAGGAAGAUGAUGGUGAAUCCUAAAGUGAGCAGCUGGAAGGGUUACAAAAAGCUUUAUCCAAGCCAGAAGAGAUCUAGGGCAGUUUUUUAUUAGUCCUUUGAGUUUAUGUGGUGGCAUGGUGGUAGCAUGGUAGUUAGCACUGUUGCCUCGCAGGAAGAAGUUUCUGAGCUCAAUUCCACCACACCAGGGUCUUUCUGUGUUGAGUUUGCAUCUUCUCUCCAGGUACUCUGGCUUCCUCCCUCAGUCCAGAGGCAUGGGGUUAGGCAUGGUCAUUCUAAAUUGCCAAUUGGUGUGAAUGGAUGGCGAAUAUUUAACUUUUAAUUCCUUUAAAAUACUGUAAGUGUUAUAAAUGUUUGCAUUUUACAGGUUUCAUACUGCUUGAGUUCAAUUGUAAAAUAUAACAAAACAUUUUCAAAGAAUGAUCAGAAGUUCAACUAAAUGUUUAAUAUUGCAUAUCAAUGCAUUUAAUACAAAAUGCAUUAUUACAACAAAUACAAUUCAAAACCAAUGUUCUGUUCAUAAAGUCCCCACUUGUUUAGAACAAGCUUGAGUAGUCACAAUGGAAAAAAAACCAGGUCUAUAUUUAGCUUAAAUCUUUCCUAAAACAUCUUCACCAGUUUAAUGUGAAAAGGUCACUUUGUUCACUUAUUAAUACAAUAUUAAAUAAAUCAUUUUUAAAAAGUGACUGGUAUUUCAUGUCUAUUAUAUUGUGUGUAUAUAUAGCAUUUUGAUUCAUUAGAGAACUACAACAGCCAUAAUACAUCUAAGUCUAAAUAAAUAAACACAAACUAUAUUUUUAUUUGAAUGUAUGUAUUCCAAAGCUCCACAAAAGCUAUCAGUUUUCUUAGAACCAGGAAUCAGGAAAGGAAAAUGAAGCAGACAGUGCCACAGAUGGUUGUAAAAGCAGGGGUCUGAGUAAAAAUGCUUGUUUCUUGGAGUCUCAUUAACUGGGUAGAUGUGCUCUGUGCAGUAAUAAAUAUCUGAAAGAGACUUGAAUGAAACUCUACUCCUACUGGGCGCAGCUGCGGCAGAGGAGAGGGGCUGUGGUGGACCACCAGCUGGUGUUUUUUAAAUCAUAAUAAGAUAAAAUUCUCUGGUCUGUCAGGAGGAUGUUCCCUACAGUCACAUGUCUUAAAUCUGAAUUUUUCACAUACUAUAACUGAUGGAAAACGAAAUCUGUGGAUGCCAUUUGCACUACAGUCAUUAGAAAACAUCGUCUUUUAGUUUCUAAGUGAGUCAGAGUACCCUCAUGUGGUAAUGAGUAGAAAUUGCAGAAUAUGUGAUUAUUCACACUGUGUUUAGCAAGCUCAGUGUGUGGGUGUGAAUGUGGGUGUAGACCGGGUGACACAUUUACCGUCUGCAUUGAAAGCCUGAGCUUACGUGUACAGGCAAUGCUCAGUUGUCAAGAUCACAGUGAGGAGCAUGGAUACAGACAAGCAAGUCAAUAUUCUUCGAGAAGGAUUUCUGGUGAAAAGGGGUCAUGUUGUACACAACUGGAAGGCACGCUGGUUUGUGUUGACCCCAGACAAGUUGUUGUAUUACAAAUAUGAAGGAGGUAAAAAGGACUCAUGCCAGCGAGGGAAAAUCCUGCUGAAGGACUGUGUGAUAACAUGUCCUUUCCUGGAGUAUGAAAAUCGGCCGUUGGUGAUGAAGCUCCAGACAAAACAUGGGGUGGAUCACUAUUUGGAGGCUUGUUCCAGGGAGGAGAGAGAUGAGUGGGCAGCUGAUAUCACUGCUGCAGUCAACAAUCUGCAAACGACCAAUGGCAAGUCCAAGACAGACCAGCCAGACCCCGCUGAAUCCCAGUUGAACAACAUCAACCUGAGCAAGGUGUUGGACUCAAUGUAUGACGUGCACAGUGGCAUCAAGCUGAGCAACCAUGUGGAGCAGGGCAGCACUUACAGUAACUGCUUCUCAGGUUCAGCGGUGGUGGACUGGCUGGUGUUCAUGCAGCUGGUUCUUACCCGUGUGGAGGCUGUGACGCUGGCCUCAGCCCUGUUGGAGGAGGGUUUCCUGCGAACUGUUGGUCAGAAGAGUGUGGAGGCACUUCGCACUGCCGGCCUCGGCGAGCAAUUCAUGGAUGACUCCACUGCUCUAUACAGCUUUCCUGACAGCUUAAAGAAGAGAGGCAGUGUGAAAGCAGAGACAUCGCUGUCUGCAGUGGAGCUAAGUGGGAAGGUGAUAAAAAGAGGAUAUCUGCUUAAACAGGGGCACAGAAGAAAGAACUGGAAAGUCAGACUGUUUGUUUUGCGAUCAGAACCUGCUUUCCUUCACUAUUAUGAUCCGACCAAGGAUGACAUCAGCCCUGUUGGUGGUUUCUCACUGCGAGGGUGCCUUGUGUCAUCUUUAGAGGAUAACGGCGUUCCCUCAGGUGUUAAAGGCAACGUUCAAGGCAACUUGUUUAAAAUUAUAACUCAGACAGACACACAUUACUUCAUCCAGGCGCCAACUCACCAGGAGAAAAUGGACUGGAUAGAUGCAAUAAGAACACAGUGCUGAUUCAUGUUAAAAACACGUUUCAGCAGGUGAAGAAGAUUUAAUUUAAAUACUCAGAGAAUGUGUAGCAGUAUCAGAGCUACUGGUUCCAUAACAUUUCUGUACAUUAGUGCCUAAAAUAUAUUUUUUGUUUUGAUUGUUUUCUUUGUGAGUAUAUGAAUGAAUAUGAAUGUUUUGAAAGUUGUAGCAGUGUUUAAGUUAAACCUUUUUUUUUACGUGUUAAUAAAAUGCAAAUAAUUAAAAAUCAUUAUAUGAACAUUGUGUCUCUUGCUGAAUUUUAUACAACAUAGUAGUGAAAAGUACAUUUACAAAAAAUUUUACUGUACAUUUCCAGGGCUUUUUUUCUCAGUUCCAUUUUCUGCCACAUAAAUAAAAACAGAAUGCAAUAUUUUGCACUGCAAAUCUAAUAAACCGCCUUUUAUUUACAAUAAAUCAAACCAUAUCAGAUGUUGAAACUGAGGCAUUCUACAAUUUCAUGACAAAUAUUAGCUUAUUUUGUGUUAAAUGGCAGCAUUGUGUCUCAAAAAAGUUUGGACAGCAGCAACAAAAGGCUGGAAAAGUUAGUGGUACUAAAAAGAAGUGGCAACUAAUCAGCAAAACUCAAGUAAAGAAGAAGUCGUAUGUGAACAUGAUCCAGAAAUCCCGUCGUCUUUUCCUUGCCAAAGCUCAUUUAAAAAGACUGAGGAAAAACUGGAAAACAACAACUGGUCUCCUCAGUUACCAGACAUUUAUGAAGUGUUGUUAAAUGAAGAAGGGAUGCUACACAGAUGUAAACAUGACCCUGUCCAAAGUUUUUUGAGACUUGUUGCUGCGAUCAAAUUGAAAAUAGCCAACAUUUUUGUUGAGUUGUUACAUUUUGAUUUGAUU